UCUGCAGGCUGACCGGGAGCAGCGGUGACUCAGGUUGGGUAAACUGUCCCCGCCGAUAUCGACGUGUUUCCUGCAGCAGAUCAAUAAGUUUCCUGCAGCAGAUCAAUAAGUUUCCUGCAGCAUAAAUAGCCGUCAGACUCGUGUUUCAGGGACAGAGGACGAGAGAAGAGGAACGAUGAGGACGAUGAGGACGAUGAGGACGAUGAGGACGCUGCUGUGUCUCUGCCUGUGCGUGUCCGCCGCCUGGGCGCAGGGCAAUCUGGAUUAUGACGAAUAUGAUACGGACAACAAGGGCUCGUCUGCAAAGAAUGAAACAGAGAAAGGGGUGGUUGUCAACGCUCGAGGUCACCGCCCAGUAACGAGGGGCGGGGACACCUACACCCGUCAACGCUAUGCCCCGCCCCCUAUCAGCGGCGGCGGCAGGUACCGCGGCCGGCCCACCCCAGCCCCGGUCGGAGGGCAGCAGCAGCAGGAGAAGGAGAAGCAGCCGGAAGGAGGAGGCUGCACGCACGCUGCAGAGGAGAUGGGCGUCUUGUGUCCCACUGGCUGCGAGCUGAAGACCAUGCUGCUGAAGCAGGAGAGGAACGUGAAGACGAGCAUCAAUGAACUCAAGCCUCAGGUGGACGACUUGGCCCGCUCCUCCAACACCAUCUACGACUACGUCAACAGCAUCUCCUCCUCUCUGAGGGAGAGGCAGAGGGUCUUCACCGACAACAACAGGGUGGUCAGUCAGUUCACCGACAGCGUGGAGGACCAGCACGACUACAUCAAGAAGACGGUGGACACCGUCUUCCCCUCCAGCAUCAGAGUGCUUCAGGGGGUCCUGGACAGGAUCCGGGUGAAGAUUCAGAAGCUGGAGAAGGCCAUCCAGGGCCAGAGGGAGGAGUGCAAGGAGCCCUGCAAGACCACAUGCCCCAUACCGGUGGUGUCUGGGAAGGAGUGCGAGGACAUCUUCCGUCGUGGAGGAAAAGACUCCCAGAUGUACUUCAUCCAGCCCGACGCCUUCCUGCCUCCAUACAAGGUCUUCUGUGAUCAGACCACCCAGAACGGAGGGUGGGUGGUCCUCCAGAACCGGCUCGACGGCAGCGUGGACUUCGGCCGGCGCUGGGACGAGUACCGCCGCGGCUUCGGCAACACCGCCUUCGAUGUCGGCAAAGGUCACUGUGAGACUCCGGGUGAGCACUGGCUGGGCAACGAUCGCAUGAGUCAGCUGACCAAGAUGGGCCCCACCGAGGUCCUGAUUGAGAUGGAGGACUGGACCGGAGCCAAGGUCUUCGCCCAGUACCGCCAGUUCACCGUCAUGGCGGAGACGGCCAACUACCUGCUGGCGGUCAACGGCUACUCCGGCAACGCCGGCAACUGCCUCCUGGACGGGUCCUCGGAACUGUUCGGGGAAAACCGCACGAUGACCAUCCACAACAGCAUGAUGUUCAGCACCUACGACCGCGACAACGACAACUGGAUCCCCGGGGAUCCCUCCAAGCAGUGCGCCAGGGAGGACGGCGGCGGCUGGUGGUACAACCGCUGCCACUCGGCCAAUCCCAACGGCCGCUACUACAUCGGCGGCGCCUACACGCGGCACAUGGCCAAGCACGGCACCGACGACGGCCUGGUGUGGAUGAACUGGAAGGGGAGCUGGUACUCGCUCAAGGCCAUGAGCAUGAAGAUCCGGCCGUACAUCGCCCCCAACCCGCACGCCUAGAGCUCACAGGAAACCGCCAAAAUAAAAGACACCAACGCGGCCAAAACUCUCCUGAUAGUCAAGUGUGUGUUUCAUUUGAGCGGCUGCCUUCGAGUCCUCCACUAUUCAAUAAACUCAGUGAGGAAACCUA